UUUUUUUUCUUUUACUUAUAAUAAUUCUGAGUAACGUAGUUAUUUAUUUAUAUAACUAAAAUUAAAAUUAUAAUUCACAACUCAAAUUAAUUAAUAUGGAUGAAAAGCCAAAAAAUUUAUGGAAGGAAGUUGAUGAUAAACAUCAGCUCCAUGUUACAAUUCCUACUAUUGAUUCAACUAUUGAAUCAGAAAAUGUAGAUGAAAGAGUAGUUUUUAUAGGAGAUUUAGAAAAAAGAAAACAAGCAUAUGGAAUAUGUGGAGAAUGUAAAGAACCUGGCACAGGAUUCAAUUGGUGUCAAUCUUGUAAUGCUAAAAGAUUUAAGGAUAACUUCAAAAAUUGGACUAGUGGAAAUAAACAUAUUGAUGAAUUUAUACAACAAUCACAACUUAAUGCUGUACAUUUUCUUAAAUGUCUUGAAUGGAUACCUUUUGAAAAAUUUCAAAACGUCACUUAUAUUGCAGAAGGUGGUUUCGGUAAGAUUUAUUCAGCAGAAUGGCCUGUAGGACAUAUUGAAUAUUGGGAUAUUGAAAAUCAAAAGUGGUUUAGAUAUAGUUUUGAAAAAUAUGCAUUAAAAAGUUUGAAUAAUUCUUCUGAUAUAUGUUCAGAUUUUUUAAAUGAGAUUAAAUCUCAUCUUCUGAUUUAUAAUGAUGAUAUUGUUCAAUGUUAUGGAAUUACUCAAGAUCCAAAUAAUAAAGAGUAUAUGAUGGUUUUAUAUUAUUGUAAAUAUGGAAAUUUGAGAAAUUAUUUAAAUAAAUCUAAAAAUUAUAUCAAUUAUAAAUUGAAAAUUGAAAACUUACAACAAAUUGCAAGAGGACUUUUAGAUAUUCAUAAUGCUGAAAAAGUUCACAAAGAUUUUCAUUCAGGUAAUAUAUUGCAUGGUAUUGAUUCUCUUCCAUUUAUAAGUGAUUUAGGAAUGUGUCAACCAGCAAAUAUAAAGCAAUCAGUUAAAGAAGAAGGAAUUUAUGGAGUAUUACCAUAUAUGGCACCAGAAGUUUUACGUGGAUACCAAUAUACAAAAGCAGCAGAUAUUUACUCAUUUGGAAUAAUAAUGAAUGAAUUUCUUUCUGAAGAAAUUCCUUUUAAUGAUAUUCCUCAUGAUGAAUUUUUAGCCUUUAAAAUAUGUAAAGGACUUAGACCAACAAUUUCUAAUGACAUACCAAAGUUACUUGCAGAUUUGAUAAUAAAAUGUUGGGAUGCUGAAAUAAAAAAUAGACCAACCACUAAAGAAUUACAUCAACUAUUAAAGAAAUGGGAUGAUGGUGCCGAUAGUCAAAAUAGUGAAAUUUACUUUCAAAUAAAAGAAUGUGAUAAAACUAGAGAAGAAAAAUUCAAAAACAGGUCAAAUGAAGAUAAAUCCAAAAGCUUCCAAACACACCCACAAGCAUUUUAUACUAGUAGACUUUUAAAUUUUAAAAAUCUUCCAAAACCAGUAAAUUCAUCAGAUUUAUCAUCUUUUCAAUUCAGUUCAGAUGCUAAUUAUACUGCUCAAUCAACAUCAGCAAAUCCAAUUUCAGAAUGCUUAGAUGUUCAAUUAAGUGAAUUGGAAUUAAAUGAAAUUUGUCAAGAUAGUGAACAUAAUAUUGAAUGAAGGUUUUUUUAUGUGAAAGUUAGAGAAAAUAGUUUAAAUUACUAGUUUGUAUGUUGAAGUUAGUUUUACUUUUAUCUUUCUUUCA